GUGCGCCGUCAGAUUGAAUGCGUGUGGAUAGAGUGAUCGCACUUUACCCAGUGAGAGCUUUAACAUCACUUUCUGAACAACCAGCGUGACGUGUUAGUGCAGUGCGACAGCGGCACUCUCCCUUCCUUCUGCCUCUUGGGUCGGAACCUGCGCAGCGGCGAACGAACUCCAAUCCAGGCCGACAGACGGUGAUCCGGCUUCGGCCUCAGGUGUAUCUCUGAGGCGGGGCGACGCGGGAGUCCAGGUGUUGUGGAGGCAUGGACUGCAACUGCGUCAGUGAUCUGCUGAUCCCCCCUGUGCCUGCUCUCUGGACGCCAGGUCAGUUAACAAGGUUCGCCUUCCCAGACUGGGCCUACAAGCCUGAGUCGAGCCCCGGGUCCAGGCAGAUCCAGCUGUGGCACUUCAUCCUGGAGCUGCUGCAGAAAGAGGAGUAUCACGGGGUGAUCGCCUGGCAGGGGGACUAUGGAGAGUUCGUCAUCAAGGAUCCAGACGAGGUGGCCCGUCUGUGGGGGAUAAGGAAGUGCAAACCUCACAUGAACUAUGACAAGCUGAGUCGGGCACUGAGGUAUUAUUACAACAAGCGCAUUUUGCACAAAACCAAAGGAAAGCGGUUCACCUACAAGUUUAACUUCAGUAAGGUGGUGUUGGUGAACUACCCCAUCCUCGACAUGGCAAACUCUCCUUUCUUUCUGGCCCAGAACCACUUCAACGGGGGCUCCACAACGCCUGACUGCAGCCCAGAGGCCAUACAGUCCCUGUUUCCUCGUUUGCCAGACUCCGGCAGGGGGACUUCUCUGUUUGAUCGUGGCACCACGGCACCGGGGCCUGAAGGAGACAAGCUGAGACUGGACGCGUUCCCCUUCCUCAGUUCAGGUGCCCCAUGCUACUCCAAACCCCCGUCCCUGCUGGGCCCGUACCCGCGCAACCCACCCUUUGACUACCCGUGGGGCUUCAACCCCUACCUCCCAGGGGCCUUCUCUCUCAAUAACUGCCCAAAACUGCCCCCUGGCUCACUUUACCCCUCCCAGUUUUACCCUAACCCUUUACAGAGCAGCCUUUCCCAGCUGCCUCACCCCUUCUCUUCCCUGCUUCCCCCAGGGGAGGCAGGUGGAGGUGAGAGGGGGGCAGCGGGGCAAACCGGAGGCACAAACGGCACGGCGGGUGGUCAACCAGUCAGACUGUGCCUGCCACCGUACCCGGGGAGCCUGUCGAUUGGUCGGACGGACAUUGGGGCAGCGUUGGGGGAGAGGGUGGAGGCAAAUACUCCAGGCACAGGGGUGGGUCUGACUCUUGGAGCAGUUGGACUGGGAGCCGGAACUGUGACAGGCCAGCAGAGUCCCACAGAGAGGAGAGGAGGAGGGGUAAAGCAGGACCCGGAGUCAGACUCAGACUUGGAGAUCACAGAUCUGAGCGACUGCAGCUCGGACAACGAGAACGAGCACGAGUUCGGCAUCAGGAAGGAGUCCAGCCUGGCGAGCAGAUCACAGAUACUGCUGGAUGGGAAGAAAGGGAGUGUGCUGCCACCAAUCUCCGCUCUCCCUCCGCCUGUGUCCCCACAUCCUCUGAAGAGCCUGAUUCCCCUCACUCCUCCACCCCCAUCCCUGCCUCCCUCGCUCUCCCCCGCCGUGGCUCUGCAUGACAGACACAGGGAGACAGAGACUCUCAAAAUGAUCCACAGCUAAUACUUUCUCUCCUGCGUCCACCAUCUUGCCAGUCUAUGCUCUGAUAACUCUCUUUUUCUCUCCUUUCUUUUCACGGAGACACUUUCCUGCUUUAAAUGGUCAACUCUUGAUGGACACUUUUUCAAGGAAAGGCAGUUAUGUUCUUUACUUCUAGAAUUACUGUUUCCCUGUUUGCUGUGUUAGUUUUUAACUCGCCCACAGUCCAUUACCCUGCAGACGUGUCCAUCUUAUGCGUUCAGUUUUUAAGCUAUCGGCUGUCCAUAUCCCCACCUUGUCCUUUCUGUUUUGAUCUCUCACACCAAAUGAUCGCUCCACACUUUGUUGACUUGUUAAGCGCGUUGCCAGCAGGACUCGACAAUUUUCUGUCUGCGGUCGAGCUAUGAUAGAAGGCAGCGAGGUUGUAAAUUACAGCACAGCAACACCUACCCUGACAAACAUUAACAAACAACAUCCCUAUACUAACAGAACAGAACAACAAAUGAUGCUCAGAUCGAUCCAAUUUUACACAUUUGUCCUGUAAUUCUUCAGAUUUGGACCAUAUAUAUAUAAAAUCACCACUUGUUCUGAGAUGUAGUCUAAUACUGCCACCUAGUGGUCAUUUUAGUCAACAUUUUCUUUAAUGGAUACAUCUCAUCUCCCCAUCAUCCUUGGAGAAAAAUUCUAUUACCUAUGAGUUUAUUUUGCACUUACUUUUAACACAUAUUGUUUCUUGCAGGUUUAUUUAAAUUUUAAAAUCCUAAUUUUUAAUAGUGAUAACUGUGAUAGUGUGUGAACAUUUAUUUUGUCCUGUGGUUCAAUUAUUUUCUGCACAUUUUUUAUUUUAAAAAAAAGGGAAAGAAAAAGAGAGCAGAGGGAGCUGGACCAAUCUAGAAAUUUGUAUGACUAUUUCUGUGUAUAUAUUUUAUUAUGGUGUACAUUACAUUUAAUUAUAAUUCACUAUGAUAAGAUUUAGCUGUAUUGUUGUGAUUUAAUUCCGUAUUUAAACAUGUUGGAUAAAUUAUAAGCUUAGGUGUAUCAAAGUUUAAAUUAUUGAUGGCAGAAGAUCUGCACUCUGAAGAUGUUUUUCUAUGAUGAGGACAGAGUUCACACUGGGAAUUGUCUCUUCCCCCAAUUAAUUGUGCCCUUUGGUCAUUUUUGCCAGAUGCCCAAUGUACAAACCCUUUGGGUUCAAAAAUAUGCUGGUGGACUUAUUUUUAUAGUUAGCAUUCACCAAGUGUAACUGUAAUGUAAUUAGUCUAAUGUGAAUAAUAUUGGUCUUUGCAUUUUCUUUUUUAAAUCCUCCCCUCUAAAUCUGUUUUUGAUUAUUUUUCAAUCAGUGCUUUUUGUCCACGCCAGCAGCACAGCAAUUUGGUUUGCUUGAGGACAUUAAACAGUGUCGGAAAAAUUAUUCAAAAACAGUUUCUUUCUGCUCUAACAGGUCUGAUGAAACAACCUUCUUUUGCGGCCCAGCUUUCUCAGCACACAGUGCACACUUCAACAUAUUGUACAGCUUCAUAGCCUUUAUAUCUGAUGGUUUGUCAAACAGUGCCCAUAUACCAAUCGUUGUGAAAGCUCUAUUGUAAAGUUAAUGUAAAGCUCUAUGUUUGUUGAGUUGCUACAGGAAAAAGGCCUCCAGUCACGUCCAUGUGGAGUUCACUUACCAACAGCUGUAAAUACUGUUUCCUCUGUGUGUAUAUGUGUGUGUACACAUCCAAAAACGACAAUGCAGUGCUUUCACCUGUCAUCUCUUUGUUUUGCUGUAAAGAGGAAAAAUGGAAAGUGGCAAAAAAGAAGAAAAAGAUUAAUAUCUUCAAAGCAAUAAACAUUAUUCUGGAUAGUG